AUGUCCGACGAUGUCCCGCACAUCGAAGACACCGCAAACGUGUUCCUAGCCGUGUACGCCGCGCGAGGUGGCACGAUCGGCUUCAGCGUGUACGAUAGGGACGCAAACAUGCUUGCACUGACUCAGGGCGUAGACAUCGCAGAGGAUGGCGAUGAAGAAGAAAGUUUACGAACGUACAUCGCGCGAACCGUUCAAGCCGACGUCGUGUACUGCUCGGAUGAGCUCAAAAGCAAGUUGGAAGAGAUAUUUGCCAGAGAAGGAGACCGCGUGCCAUUCGUCGUCGGCGUGACACGUCGUAUGUUUCCGAAGCCAGUCGAGUCGAUGAACAUGCUCUGCAACGUCGGCGGGUUUGCAAGUCGAGGAGAACUGGCGUCGUGCGUCGAGUUACACGACUCCGAUGCCGCAAUAACAGCCGCUGGUGCGCUGAUAUCCGCGAUGAAAAAGAACGAGGGGCUCGCACUCGCGCUCUCGACGAUUCCAGCGACAGUACAGGAGUUGUCCAUAUCGAGUUACAUGAAGAUCGAUCCAGAGUCGCUUUGCGCCAUCGGGAUCUUUGUACCCGAUGAAUUUCGUGAGGUAUCCGCGAAGUGCGAGCGAUUCAAGAAAGACGUGAACCAAAUCUUCCUAGAUUCUGUAUCCACAAGAGGUGGUAAAAGACUCCUCGAGACGUGGAUGAAGAGGCCACUUCUGAAUAUGCCUGCCUUGCAGGAGCGUCGUGACUGCGUCGAACAUCUCGUAAAAUCUGGUUGCGUCGACGUUUUGAGAAAAGGAAUGACAGCGUCAUUAGACGCAGACACCAUUCUUAUGAAGUUCACGACAGAGGCACGACAGUCCAAGACGGAUUGGACGAGAUUGGCCAACUUCUUUAAAGCCGCCUCGUCGUUUUAUGAUGUUCUGUGUGAGAUGUACCUGGACGAAACCACCAACGUCAUAUCGACGACAGUGACUCCAGCAGCCAUUCAAGACUUCAUCGACUGCGCCAAGUAUAGGUUACCGAAGUUGAAGUCGCUCGUCGAGCGCUGCAUCGAUGUCGACGAGAUUUACCUUUUGACAGAGCACGAUUCGCCCACGCUGACGUCGUACGUUCGUUCGGGCGUGUGUCGAGAGCUCGAUGAACUACGCUCCGUGCAUCACGGUCUACCAGCUCUUCUUGAACACGUUUUAAAGAUCGAGUUAGAGCGGGUUCCAUCUUUUCUGCGUAGAGACGAGUGGCUCGCGAAGCUCUCAGUGGAGUAUUUGCCUCAGGUUGGGUAUCUUUUGAGAAGUGUAGGGAUAAUUCCCGUCUCCGUUCUCGAAGAAAUGGGAUGGAAGCACGUGUUCGAUGAAGGCGAAGAGUCGUUCUACGAGUUCGACGCAGGCUUACGGCUGGCAAGUGAGAUCGGAGACAUUCUGUUCUCCAUCUGCGAUCUACAAGGGCGGCUCUUGAAUGAACUCAGAAUAGAAAUCUUAAAGCACGCCACUUUGUUUCGCGAUUUGUCAAGGUGCAUCAGUGAACUGGACGUCCUGCUAAGUUUCGCCGACGUAGCGAUAAACUAUAACAUGGUGCGCCCGAUACUCGUCGACGAUGAAACGCUGAAGAUUGAGGGCGGUCGGCACAUCCUAUACGAAUCGUUUAUCGACCAUCAGUUUGUGCCUAACGAUAUCGAGCUGCCUUCCGAUCGCGAUCGAGUUGUCAUCAUAACUGGACCAAAUGGCAGCGGGAAGACGGUGGCUCUGCAAACUAUCGGCUUGAUCACGUACUUAGCACACAUCGGGUCGUUUGUUCCCGCAAACAGAGCGACCGUUGGUCUAACGGAUCGGAUUUUCACAGGAAUGGUCAACUUCAAAGAUGACGCCGCAACAAAAACCAAAGUGAGCGAAUCAUCAUUUACUUACGCGCUCAAUCGUGUGUCUCGAAUGAUAAACAACGCCACCGAUCGGUCUCUAUGUCUCAUCGACGAGUUUGGGACACAGACUAGGAGUGAUACCGGUGCAGCUCUCUUGGCGGCCAUUGCCGAGUAUUUCGCGGAGACGGAAGCGCCACCGAAAUGUCUCUUCACCACGCACUUCAGGGAAAUUUGUGACCCGGCGAUAGUGGGACCGAUUCCUCGAUUCAUCACGCACAUGCGCAUGCGUGCCAUAGUCAAUGUGUCCGAAGCCGCCGCCGACGACGAAGAUGAAUCUGUCGCCUUGACUUUCAUCCUCGAACCGGGUGUUGCCGAUUCCUCAUACGCCAUUGAGACGUUCAAGCUCAUUGGCAUGGAAAAGGACCCUGAAGGUCGAGAAUUCAUAAAACGUUUUCAAUAUCUCAUCGACCGCGAAGAUCGCGCGCGACGCGGCGAGAAGGUCGAACCGAUCGACCCCUGGGGUGACGAAGAUCAGGACGAGCGACAGAAAGUCUUCGACGCCAUCGCCAGUCGGGCGCUCGCCGUCGCCGACGAUCUCACCGAAGAAAACGCCCGCGCUUUCGUCGAGUGGUUCGACACCGCGCUCGUCAUCGAUCGCUUUCUCGUCCCGAGCUUUAAGGAUCCAUGA